CCCAAAAGCUUAAUUUCACACAGGCAAUGCUUUUAAGGCCCUAAGAUGAGAAGGAUUCAAUAAGGGUUAUGGGCAAAUCAGCCCUGACAUUAAGAUUUGUUUUCUUGAUUUUCUGAUUGAUAUUGCAAUCUUUUGUGACUGAUAAGGAUGGCAUUCUGUUGGUGCGAUUCUGAUCAUUAUGUACGGUGGGGUUCUUCUGAUUCUUAUUCCUCUUGCCUGGAUUAAGAGUUCAGUGUGUGGCGUCCAUAUAGGGAUGAGUCACUCAUUACUGUUUAGGGUACUCUACUCAAGAUUCUAACAACUCUCUCUCUCUUCUCACUACACAGGCUUCACUCUAUUUAUAAGGACACUCUAGAUUGCCCCAUUAUAGUGUCCAAUGCAAAGAGUUUCCCCUGCCUUAAGAGUUAGAACCUUAAAUUGCAAAGCCCAAGUCCUAAAAGUCUGAAAGCUCUGUCUCAUUAUAAUCGUGUUGAAUCAGUCCUUGGUCUGCCUUCAUUUACACUGUUACUGAAGGAAUUUGUUUUGGUUUAUUAGUUCCUCAUUUCAGAUUUGCAAUUGAUUUAAGUCCUUGCAUGUCAUACUUUUGCAAUCCUUUUCUUAAUCUGAAUUUUCACUUUGAAUGUACUUCUCAUUACAACUGUGCCUGCACUUAACUCUAGUUCUCUUGUGAACUGCAUCCCACAGAUUUUGCUAAACCCUAUCUGAUUUACAUUUUUCAACCAAUUUCCUUCAAGGAGUGUAGAUUUUAAUUGUAUUCUUCUUUUCGUUUUAAUCCAUCUCUGAUUUGCUCCUCUUCUAUUGGGAAGAUUUGAGUCUUAUCCUUUGAGUCUUAGUCUUACUUUCCAGACCAAUUUGCUAGGUGGGGUCUUAGGCCUGUUAAAGUCUAGCACAAAAAACUGUUACCAGAAGGUUGGGAGAACGUAUCCAAGUGCAAUAUAUUGUUCAUCUAAUUUCUGCCUGGACUUUGCUUGCUUAAAUCUUUUGAGUUAAUAGAGAUGGCCAGUAAAGGUUCUCCAUCUGGAAGAAACAGUGCAUCAACCUGGACAACCGCGCAAAAUAAAAUGUUUGAAAAGGCCAUAGCCAUCUAUGACAAAGACACUCCCACCCGUUGGCAAAAUGUGGCAGCCAUGGUUGGUGGGAAAUCCCCAGACGAAGUGAAAAGGCAUUAUGAGAUUCUACUGGAUGACUUGAAUUGCAUUGAAGCAGGCCAAGUCCCUUUUCCCAACUACAAGUCUUCAAGUUCUAGCAAUGGCGAAGCCUCUGGAGGUGGAAAUUCUGGCAACUGGGGAGACAAAGAGAACAGGAAAUUCAUGCUAAUGAAGCUGCAAUGAGGUCAGUGAAGGGAUGGCAGGAGCAAAAGUAAGGGUGAAGGAGAAAAAAGGCUUAAAAAUUGGAAAGAGAAAUACAAAAAGAUGGGUACCUCUGGAUAUUAGUAAGCAGAAUGUGAAAAUAACUAUGAUUGCCAUAAGGCAUAUAUAUGAUCAGUCUGUCAAGUGUUUUAUUUAAAAUUUGAGUUUCACUUCUUCUUCGAAUCUCUGUAAAUUCUCUUGAAAAGACAGAAUAUAUUGUAAUGUAUGGCUUCUAUUGCCAGAAAUAAGUUUAAUAUGCUGUAUGAUAUAUAAUGUUCAGUGUAA